UUCAGAUCUCGUGUGGCGGCGGUGGUGUGGUCGGGGCUGCAGCGAAGAGAGUUUGGCGCCAUGUCUCAUACCAUUUUGCUGGUACAGCCUACUAAGAGGCCAGAAGGCAGAACUUACGCUGACUAUGAAUCUGUGAAUGAGUGCAUGGAAGGCGUUUGUAAAAUGUAUGAAGAACAUCUGAAGAGAAUGAAUCCCAACAGUCCCUCUAUCACAUAUGAUAUCAGUCAGUUGUUUGAUUUUAUCGAUGACCUGGCAGACCUCAGCUGUCUGGUUUACCGAGCUGAUACCCAGACAUACCAGCCUUAUAACAAAGACUGGAUUAAAGAGAAGAUCUACGUGCUCCUUCGUCGGCAGGCCCAACAGGCCGGGAAAUAAUUAAGUUGGAAACAACAGGGGGGUGGGGGUGGGCUUGGAACACAGGUGUGUACAGCGUGCUGUAGUGGAAGUUUUGUAUUAUAGUAAUCCUGUUUCCAUUUUGUUACACUCUAGCCAAGAUUGAAGAUAUUAGAUGAAAUGUGAGGCUCUUAUUCAAUCUGAAACCCCCAUUACCCCUACCUUUUUUCUUUUUCUGUUCUUUUUUUUUUUUUUUACUUAAACAUUUUUAUGAUGAUUUAGAUGAAAGUUGUUCUUUGUCAGCUGAUACUGCUUCCAGUCCUUCAGACUGUUCAUACCUGCUUUAUAACAUUUCACUGUACUAACCUGUCUUCAGGAUGGGGUGAGGGGUGGUUAACAGUUAUGUCCUCGAGAUAAAGUCUUAGUGAAAAAUAAAUGUUGUUUAGUUAUAUUUUC